UUCGCCCUCAAUUCUUUUUCCUAAUUGUUUUACUAUCUUUGAUCCAUAUCAACCAUCCAUUUCCCUAUCUCGAGGACACAUACACACACAUACACAAACGCACACGCACACACAUAUACAUAUAUAUAUAUAUAUAUAUUUAUAUGUAUAUAUAUACAUACGAAUAUACAUACAUACAUAAAUACAUACAUACAUACAUACAUACAUACAUACAUACAUACAUACAUGCAUACAUACAUACAUACAUACAUACAUACAUACAUGUCAUACACACAUACAUACACACAUAUAUAUGUCUAAAUCUUAACUGCAUACACAUACAUGCAUACUGAUGCACGCAUGCACACAAUGAGACGUAUCACACGGACGUGUAGUAUUUUUGUCAAUGAAGUAAUAUAAAAGUAGACAUAGUCAAA